CGAAGCGCCAUAGCCACGGUAGCCCUGGCGACAAGAACCCAGCAACGAGAAUCAACAACAACAACAACUGAAACGGCCAUAAAAAAUAUAAGAAGAUAUUUUACCAGUGGGAAACACACACGUGGAACCAGAGGGUGAUUCCCAGCUCAUGUAAUGGCCACCUCAGGCUACGUAGGUGAGAUCCAGCCCGCAGCCCAACCCCAAGGGACUGGUGUUGCUGCCACACCGGGGCAACCUGAUACCAGUUCCACCCCUGCAAAUGCCCCUCAGUUUCUGGCAGAGAUUCAGACUACUGUGGCCACUCCUACCAUUGUCACACCCACAGGCCAAACUACUCCCACUGAACAAGCAACGUCCAUCAACACUCAGAAACCUGCAGCUGGAAGUCAGGCCCAGCCCACAGCACAGACCCAGCCAACUCAGACGCAGUAUGUGACAGCAGAGAUUCAGGGCUCCCCCACACAAUCUGGAAAUGCCCAAAGCACUCCUCAGUACAUUGUGGUCACAGUUACAGAGGGCUCCCUUCACUCAAGUGAUAGUGUGUCAGACUCAAGCCCCCCACCAGCUGUUGUACAGACAGGAGUUCCCACACAGGUUGUUCAGCAGGUGCAGACGGCUCAACAGCAGAGGUCUGUUGUGCAGGCGACCUCUCAGAUAGCCAAGACUGAGCCAGGCACCCAGCUCAGUGUGACCAGUCUACAGCCUGUUCAUAUCAGCCAAGAGGUUCAGCAGCAGCUCACACCAGUGCCCGUGCAACAUGUGUACACCAAUCAAGUGCAGUAUGUGGAAGGAGACACCAACUACACCACAAGCACGAUCCGUUCCAGCACCUUCCCUUACACUGAGACUCCUCUAUAUACCCAGACCACAGCUGGCCAGUAUUAUGAAGGUCAGGCCACUUCAGGCUCACAGGCUUCCACCCCAGGGACACCUCUAACUGUCUCUGUGACUGCAGGCACCACAGGAGGUGUGUCCAUGUUUGUGGCGCAGCCCACCAGUGCAGCAGGUGGAGCGGCCACAGUGGUGUCCACAGGUGGCACUACCAAUGGGGCGGGGGAUGGGGCAGGUACCAAUGGUGGGGCAACAGGCAGUUAUGUGAUCCAGGGGGGUUACAUGCUCGGCAGCAGCAGCGGAGGGACAGCUGGCAACAGUCAGACUUACUCACACACCGCCCGCGCCUCCCCAGCCACUGUGAGUAUUACAGAGGGCGAGGAGAGUAGCGUGCCGUCGGCAGACAAGAAGGUACAGUGGUUGCUGGACAACUAUGAGACAGCUGAAGGAGUUAGUCUACCACGUUCCACUCUCUACUGCCACUAUCUGCUGCACUGCCAGGAGCAGAAACUAGAGCCUGUUAAUGCUGCGUCUUUUGGGAAACUUAUUAGAUCUGUGUUCAUGGGGCUACGCACACGACGCCUAGGAACACGGGGUAAUUCUAAAUACCACUAUUACGGACUGAGGAUCAAGGCUGGCUCUUCUCUUCUACGUCUAAUGGAAGAUCAGCAACAUCUGGCCAUGAGGCAACAGCCCUUUUCACAGAAACAAAGGUUGAAGCCUGUACAUAAAGUAGAAGGAAUGACCAAUGGCACGGCACCAGGAGCAGGCCAGCAGCAGCAGCAACAGCAGGGGUCAGGUCAUGUGGACAUCAGCACCCAGGUUCAGCAGUACCAGCAGUUCUUAGAUGCAUCCAGAGCUCUUCCAGAGUUCCCAGAACUUGACCUCCAGGGCAAGUCUCUCCCUGAGGGCAUUGAGCUUGACCAUGUUAAGAGUUUUCAGCUGCUGUAUAGAGAACACUGUGAGGCCAUACUGGAUGUGAUGGUCAAUCUGCAAUUCACCCUAGUAGAGACCCUGUGGAAGACCUUCUGGAGGUUCAGUCAGAGUCAGGCUGGAGAUGCUACACUGGCUGUUCACGAUGAGUCAGAGAAGCGUCUCCCAAAGUCCUGCCUGGUGUUACUGUGCAAGUAUGAGCCAGUCCUGCGCUGGAGCCGUGACUGUGAUAACAGCCUGUACCAGGGCCUGGUGGAGAUCCUCAUCCCUGAUGUCCUCAGGCCCAUCCCCAGUGCCUUAACCCAAGCCAUCCGGAACUUUGCCAAGAGCCUGGAGAGCUGGCUGACCAAUGCCAUGAUGAACAUCCCAGAGGAAAUGGUCCGCAUCAAGGUAACAUCAGCCAAUGCUUUUGCCCAAACACUGCGUCGCUACACCAGUCUGAACCACCUUGCCCAGGCAGCCCGCGCUGUCCUCCAGAACACAGCACAGAUUAACCAGAUGCUGUCUGACCUCAACAGAGUGGAUUUUGCUAACGUCCAGGAACAGGCCUCUUGGGUGUGCAGGUGUGAAGACCGUGUAGUCCAGCGGCUGGAGCAGGACUUUAAACUGACCCUCCAGCAGCAGAAUUCGCUGGAACAGUGGGCUGCGUGGCUGGAUGGUGUGGUCUCCCAGGUCUUAAAGCCCUACCAGCACAGUCCUGCCUUCCCCAAGGCUGCGAAGCUCUUCUUACUCAAGUGGUCGUUUUACAGCUCCAUGGUGAUCCGGGACCUGACCCUGCGGAGUGCAGCUAGCUUUGGUUCCUUUCACCUGAUCCGCCUGCUGUACGACGAGUACAUGUACUACCUGAUAGAGCACAGAGUGGCCCAGGCUAAAGGGGAGACCCCCAUUGCUGUCAUGGGAGAGUUUGCCAGUUUAGGCCGAGGUCUGAACCAGCUUGAUCCUGAUAAGGAAGAAGAAGAGGAGGAGGAGGAAGAGAGUGAUGAGGAAGGUCAGGAGCUUUCCCUUCCCUCAGACGGGGCGGUGCUGGGUGAGGAGUCUCUGGAGCCGCCUGCCAAGCUGGCCAGAACUGACCAGAGAGUCCUCUUCACUACAGGAUCAGCUGACAACUAACUACAAAAUAUUACCACUACAUAUGUUAAAAUCUAUAGUGAUUAGACACUCAUAUGCACACAUACAUACCCAAACAGAUGUACAAAGAGCAUUAAUUUAUACAUUUGACACAUGUAUAGAUCUUGUAAAUGUGUGUGCAAACUUUUGCUGCAGUCUGUCCUGCAUACUGUAAUUGUCCCACUUUUUUUACACACAUACAUGCACACACAAUCAAAACAAAUACACUUCAGUACUGUACUCUCACAGAAACCUGUUGGCACCAUUGAUUUACAAUCAUUGGCACAGGAAUAGGAUGUGGCUUUUAAACCUACACUUUUUCUGCAAAGAGCAGUGCAGAGCAUUUUUACUUUCAGUUGUACCGAUCUGUAAAAAGGAACUGAAGGCUGGCAUGUUGUUUUUUUGUUUUUGUUUUUUUUUUUUCUGUCAUUGCAUUGCAACCCGUAGCCUUGUUGUUUCCUCACUGAGAAACUUCUGCUCGCCCUAAACCCUCCUACAACUGUCACUGCCGUAUCAAAGUGGUCUUGAAAAUACUGUGAUGUGUGUGUUUAUGUAGAGGUUCUGUCUAUAGGAGGAGGGUACUAAGUGGACCUUGAGCAGAACGUCAUUGCUGAACUUAGUUGUCACUAAUUUAUUAAAGGAGAUUCGGAAGACAGGAAGUGUUUGGACUUGGGGAGGAUUGACCUGUCGUGUGUGUGUGUGUGUGUGUGUCCGUCCUUUAAAGUUCUUGUGUGUUUCGUGUCUGAAGGUGUACUACAGCUACACCGCUCUGCUGAUUUGUCCAGAGGCCUGAUUGAAACGUUCAUGACAGUGUGUACGUGUGCCUGAUGUGCGAUUGUGAGUCAUGCCAAGUGCUGACUGCUUUUCCUGUAUAUAUUUUCUACGGCAUCAAUUUGGGAGAAGUCUUGAGAUUUCCUCUUUGAUUUCAUUUGCCCGCCUGUAAAGAAAACGUUGUGUUUUUUGGAGUGCCUGUCACAGCUGCUACGCUGCUACUGUAAAGAUAAAGCUACAGCUGUGGGAGUGGGGCUCUCAUUAGUUGCUGCAAAACCCUCUCAUUUAUUGAACAUCUGGUUCCAUGGGAGAGGUACUGUAUGUGUCAUAUAUUUAUGUUCAAAGUGCUUCGUUCCUGUUCAUAAGUUCCUUUGUGGCCUCAUUUUCCCUGACAUAUCAUUUUCUUGCCUUAUUUCAGUCUUUUUUUUUUUCUCUGUCUGUGCCAAACCUAUUUACUUUUCUCCCAUUUUCCAUAGUUGUUAAACUCUAUGUUUAAAGGAGGACUGUGCCUGAAUAAGAACGCUGAUAUACUUAUAUUCUACUGUAAAUUUAUCCAAUAUUUUGAAUUUUGUUGUCACUAAGUAAACCUCUUGUGCAGUGUAUGGUGCUGUGUUGUCACACAUUGUAAGCAACCUUUGUGUGCAUUAUUGAUUUGUGAUUGUAUGUUCAGUUAUUAAUCCUAUAUCAUAUCUGAUGACUUUUCUACAUCCAGGCUAAAGCCCUGCCUCUUUGCACAUAUUGACUAUUGUCUUUAAAACUCCAACAAAGUGAUCUGAACUGUUUUAAGUUGUUUUUAAGUGUGUUUUUAAAGGUGGGGUGCAGGUGUCAGAGAUCUGAUGGCUCUUUCUGCACAGUCCUCCACCAACACUCAUCUCCCUUCACUGUACCUUCAUCUCAUCUGCAUUUCCACCCUCCUGCCAAUGGCUUUGUUUUGCUUCAAACAUCCUUAUUCUUAAACACUGUUCGUCAAGAUUGGUUGUUGUUGUAAACAUGUCAUUUUUUGGAUUUUGGAAUACAAUGCACAUGUUUUCACCGGGCAUUGCAAGCCUCAAACCAGCACAUCGACCCUUUUUAUGGAGUAAAAUGCUACCACAGCUGAGUACAUAUCACUCCAGUCUUUUAAUGAUCAACAGCAUAUAGAAUGGCCAUUGUUUACCCAGUAAAAAAAUGUUUAGUCAUUUUUAUAGUGCAUUGUUUCUUAUGUACGAAACUAAUUGAGAAAAAAAGAUGUUCAGUGGCAGUGUUUUAUGAAUUUGGUCAGCUAUAAGUAUGACUGUGCCUUUGGAGGUGGUAGAAUGCAAUUCAGAUGUUUUUAAUUUUAAAGAUAUAAAUUAAAGAAUUUUUAAAAUUGCAUUUGUGUUCCUUGUUGAAAAUUUUCUUAAAGUUCAGCAAAAGUCAGUUUUGAGCAUAAAGCAAAAACAGUUCAAACAUC